UGUCAGUCUCAGUCGGCGCGCGGCGCACCUCGCCUGUCACCUCCUGUAACACCUCGACACCUGCCGUUAAACCUAUUGUAGUGACGUACUGUUACGUGAUGCGGUUACAAGCAGCAUUAGCGCUGCUCCUUUUAGGAGUGGCGCAGGCCCGCUACCACGGGAAGGAGAUCGGUCCUUUGUCGGAGCUGCAUCACGGAGUACGAGGGAGAGUGUUCGCCGUAGACUCCAGAACUCUGUACCUGCACGACUUCACAUACGACGGAGAGGGACCAGCCGCUUACUUCUACGUGGGAACGUCUAAAACCCCGAGCGCGACGGGGGCGACACGUGUCCGAGACGAGCGCGGUAUGGACAGUCCUCUGAGAAGAUACCGGGGAGAGGGACUCACAGUUUCGCUGCCAGAGGGAAAGACACUCAAGGAUGUCUCCUGGUUCGCUGUCUGGUGCGACGAAUACUCGAUCAACUUCGGUUCCGUGAUGAUUCCUCGUUCCCUGGAGUACCCCAAGCCAGCUCGCCUAUCUCCCCUGCGAGGAGUCCACGGCGUGUGGUCGGAGCCUCUGGUCAUUGUGGACGCUCAGACCCUGCUUGUGCCAAACUUCUCAUAUGAUGGAGAGGCGCCCGAUGCUAAAUUCUGGGUUGGUCGCGGUGACAACCCGUCCCCCGCCGGAAUCAGGAUCCCCGAUGAAAACGGAAAGGAGUCGCCGCUGAGGAAGUACUCCAACAAGACUAUAGUGCUCACACUGCCCGGGGAGCUGACCGUGUUCGAUAUCGGUCACUUCGCGGUGUGGUGCGAGGCUUUCACGGUCAACUUCGGUCACGUGGUUCUAACCAAGUCAGCCCUCACCAACGUCCCGCCCAGCCUGAAGAUGCUCGGAGUGUCGCCGCAGUCAAAACUGAACUGCGAGGUUUUGUUCGACGAGCUCGCGUUUGAAGUCCGUUGGGCCAUCGCCGGCAGCAGCGUCGUGUUACAAUUAGUCGCCAAACUCGAGGACGGUGAAUACAUGUCGUUCGGUUUGUCCGGGGACCCGGAACACUCCGUGAUGAUAGGAGGUGAUGUGGCAGUCGCCUGGGUCGAUAAAGAGACACUAAAAGGAUACUCCGACGAUUAUUAUCUGGAGGGAAAGAGCCAAUGUGCCGGAGGAAGAGGCUCGUGUCCCGAUACCAGCAUUAGAGAAAAUACGAGUUCCAUUCGUCUAUUAAAUGCUGCUCUAGUGAAUGGCUACUCCAUAGUGACGUACCAGCGCCCUCUGAAGGCGUCCGACGAACUGGACCUGCCGGUGUACACAAACAUCAGCCAGCCAAUCAUAUGGGCCAUUGGACCGCUGAAUUCUAAAACACAAGUCUCCUAUCACCAACACUUUACUAAGGGGGAUAGAUUUAUUGAAUUUGGAAGACCUCCCCUUUGGAACUGCCCCAUGCCCGAGGGUGAGGAAGACAUGAGGCUCUCCGGAGAAGACUCGACGGGGCCCAGCGAAGAGGAACAUAAGGUAGUGAUAAGACCCAAUCCAGUGCCAACCCCAAAACCUACUUCUAAAGUAAUUCCGUGGGAUAUACCCGGCAUCCAAUGCUAUGAACCACCGGAUGGUAUAUUUUACGCUCAGAUGGGACCGACUGGAGGCAAGCAAGGAUACUCAGCUAUUACAGGCCACGUUGGUUGGGGAAUUUCAUGGUACAUCAACGGCUUGCUGAUUCCCGAAAUAAAUGUCGUUCGAGGAAAGAAAUACACAUUCGUAGUAGAGGGAGGAAACAAUCCAGAUAUACCGGCAAGAUAUCAUCCCUUCUACAUCACUAACGAUCCUGUAGGCGGAUAUCAUCACAAAACACCCGAAGAGAAACAGGGCAUUGAAAUAUACGCCGGCACAAGACGGGCUCGCAACGGCGAAUUACUACCGACUGGGACGGGUCGCCUCUGCAAUUGGACACCUGACAAUAAUGGACCAGAAGCUGAUGAAUAUCCAAGUUUUGGUGCCUAUCAACGGUCGUUGACCUUAGUUUGCGAGGAGGGAAACCCAGGAGUGGUGACGUGGGUGCCAGAUGAAAAUACUCCAGAUACUGUCUAUUAUCAGUGCUUUACACACCGAUAUCUCGGGUGGAAGAUUAAUGUUGUAGAUGAUUGCGACGAGACGGAAGUGGCGGAAAGUCGAGUCGUUGAGAGUGUAAUUUUGCCUAGCGAUCUAAUGGGUGUAGAAUCAAUUCAGGUACAAAGUCGUGUAAAGCCAGAAAAGAACUAUUUAAGUCAGCGCACAAAAAUUGAAAAAAUAAUCAACAUGAAAAACAAUUAUAACGAUUUCAGUAGCAAUAAAGGUGAAAGCGGCCUCUCGGGAGAACUGUUUUCGGAACAGCACAGAAACCUGCUACACCCGAGCGGACACGAGUAUGAAUUGCCGAUAACAAACAUUCAAAUAAAAGAGGUCAUAGAAGCUGUUGAAAGUAUUGAAGAUCAAAUGAAAGAUGAGAUGAAAAGAAACAAUACAUUACCCCAAACCAUACCGCAAUAUCAAGUGCACGAAGAUGUCAAGGAGCUGUUCGUACCGGAACAACCAAUGAGAGAUGGCGACGAAUAUGUUGUAGAUAUGGGAAAAUUACCAGAAACAUUUAUGUUGCCACCAAACCAAAAGCCCCAGACGUUACAUAAUGUUUUACGUCCUAAUGCACCAAGUAAACACGUUGGUAAUAUGAGACCGCCAUUCCGUCGACCAGUUCCACCAGAAAUAAAGUUACGCCGGCCCUACCCUAUAUACCCGAAAGGCAACAAUCAGUAUCCAUUAUCAAUACCAAAUCCACAUGGAAUGAAUAAGAAACCCGGUAAAUAUUCAAACAAUAGGCCAUCUUCACACAUGCCUCAUAGACCAUCUCAGAGUAACAUUCCACCAAUGAAAGCGAUGCCUCCCUUACAUUCGAGGAAACCCGAUUUUAAUCAAGGUCCUCCUAAAUAUGUACAAAAGAUACCAAAUAUUCUCAAACAAAACAACAUGAUGAAUUUGCCGAGUAGUAAUAUUGGUCAAUUGCAAAGCCAGACCUUAAGUUUAGGUCACACCGAUAUCAUUGCUAAUCAAGUAGUGAAGAGUCAAAUAACUUUGCCAGGUUCCAAUGACGCGGUGGCUCAGCAGAGUGCUCAGCAGACCUUUUUUGACAAACCUGGUCAAAUAAUACUUGGUAAACCUAUGGACCACCCACAGCCUUUGGAUCAACAAAUAACACAAGAGAAGCCAGAAUUUGUUCAACCUCUCCGAGUAUCAGUAUCUUCCACAAAAAUAAAAUCACAAGAUCCUGAAGCUUAUAUGAAAUCAACAAUUCGUCCUAACAUAAAUAACAAUAUUCGACCUCAAAUAAGAAAUGAAAUGAAGUCUUCAGACUUUAUAGGUCAAUCAACAGAUAUUUCUACUAUCGCUCCUGCAAUUAAUACAGGGUUUAAACCAGAUUCUAUUGUUAUUGAAAGCGGCUUCAAACCCAUAAUUCGAGAACCUUUAAUGGCUAGUGAAGAUAAAAUAGCAGAUUAUGAUGGUGUUCAUGCCGAUAGAAGAGAAGAUACAGACAUUGAAGAAGAUUACCAGGAAUCACCACAAUACAUAAAUACAGAACACGCUUACCCCAGUGAGAAGUUGACCGAAACCUUUGAACCGAUGUUUAUACCGUCUCCUCCAGAUCAUUUGCUGGGUGGGAAUGAAAGAACGAAAGAAGUAUUUCCAAGCAACCACGCCAAAGAAGACAGACCGCAUCCUGUCUAUGUAAAAACUGAAAGUGAAUUAAAUGCUCUUUUUGGUAAAAAAAAUAUGGAAAAAGAUAUCCCCGCAGAUAUGCUGAUGGAAUCUGAUAAAUUAAGUCCCCAAUAUUUACCACCUGAGCCAAAACAUCCAAAAGAACAUUUACAAAAAAUCAGUUCCGAACAAACGUUUACAACUUAUGAUGGCAAGACAGUAUCAGCUGACACCUUAACAAGUAUACCAGAAGAAAAUAAAUUACACGCCAAAAUAUUUUCAUCUAAACUACUGGCAAACUCAGAAUUUCUUCUAAAAACACCGCAGUUUGGUCCCUUCAGGGGUCAAAUUCCGCCUGCGGUUGCUGGACAUAUAGAUAAAAAUGUAAUGAACCUUUCUCGCCCUGUUGUUACGGAUUCGACUUCGACACAAUUGAAACUUGUAAAUGCUAUUCGCAAAACAAGUGCUUCAGAGCUUAUAGCUGAACAGGACGAAAAAUUAAACGACGAUUCCGUUGAAGAUGAAGAAUAUGAAUUAGAAGACGAAGAUGAAAACAAACGUAGCAGGCGAGAGACCAAAACUGCACAGUUCGAAAGCGGGAGCAUAGAAGAGGCGAUGACUUGAAAGGAGACGACACCCAGGACAUCAAUCACAUGGACUUUGAGUUCGCGACGCCCCGGGCUCGAGCAUCUGCGAGCAAAAUUGAUAUAUGUCGGCACUUCCAAUGAUAGCUGUCUUAUUUAAGCUGUUUUAAAUGAUUAGCGUCUAUUUAUUAAUUUAUUUGUCGGUUAAGUUAUUGCGCCUUGCCAUUGAAUGCAUUUGGUUGAUAUUAAUAUGUUCUUGUCUAACAAGGCGAGUAAACCGAGGAACUAAAUUCACAUAUUUAUACCGAAGGAGGCCUCUUGAAGCACUCAUCUCAGCUGUUACCACUUUACUCGUGUCUUGCAAUUCAAUACUCUGUUAGCUUUAAGGUUUUGUAAAUAUAUUUUUUUUUACUUUAAUAAUAAAUUCGUAAAAUAAA